AUGACAUGUUUUAGUGUCAUUUUCAGUAUCAUUUCUUCAGCCGGUAUUUUACACAUACAGUUAUUUUAUAAAUCAAAUUACAUAUUAAUUUCAAGGUUACAAAUAAUAAUGAGUAGCAAAUCCGAAAAGUUCCUUCCACAAGUUAUUUCCAGGAAUACACAUGAAAAAAUUAAACCAGAAAAUAUUACCAUUAAUAUCGAAGAUGCAUGCUUACCAUUCAAAAAGCAGUCUUCAGAAGUGAAAAAAUAUAAAAAUCACGUACAUGCUCUCGCUCAGCCUAGACCCAUUCACCCGAUAACCAUAACAUGGUCACCUGAUAUAUUGAAUUUUACAUUGGAUAACACUGCUGUCACUAAGAGAUUAACCCUGUUAAAUGUGUGUCCUAGAUCAAUUUACAUUCAUUGCUGCGGUCUUUUGAAUGACGAGGCAAGACUUGGAGCACAUUGGCACUGCUAUCCCCGAACCAGAUUUCUUUUAGCUCCUGGCGUUGGGGCUAGAAUAUUUAUCCGCGCAAAACCUAAAGAGAUGUGCCCUAUUUCAACCUCUCGAAUCGGCUUACAGGUCGCAGCAGCAUAUAAAAGGGAUUACGUCAUCGCAUACUUUAUGAUUCCUAUACAAGUACAAUUCAGGAAUUACGUCAUGCUUGAAACUAAACAAGAUUCAUCAGACUAA